CCUCUUACGUCAAACGCGGGAGGCUCUUUUUAAGGGCGUCUUUUACUGUUGAAUGUUGUAACUAACUCUUUAGUUUGCAUGCUGGACACAUAAAUAAAGGGGUGUUAUUUUAAUCUGUGUAGAAAUGGCUACUUCUUCUGUAUCUAAGGGUUGCUUUGUCUUCAAGCCGACUUCUAAGAAGAGGAAAACUUUAAGCGCAGAGGACUACUUUACAGAUGGAAGUGAAAAUCCAGAGAACAGCAGACUGAGGUUUCAGCUUUUCCAGUCACAAUGGCAGGACAUGAAGGAGGAAGUGCAGAUGGUGCACGAUGAUUUAAACAAAAAGAUCCUGGACAGUCUUCUUGAGUUCAUUGGAAAGUCUGUGGCCAGCUUUCAGUCCAGAGCUGUUGGUUGGGAAUCACGGAUGCGGGCCAGUGAAAUCCCCACAGCCGCACUGGUUCUGGGUGUAAAUGUGCCAGACCAUGAUGUGACAUUUCAGAGCCUGUCUGAUUUGCUGAGGGAGUCUGUGUCUCCUUUUGUGGCUUCUGUUCAGGCUAAGGAGUGUGGAGCCCUGCAACAUCUGAUGAAGAAAGUCAUGCAGCAGCUGAUGGGGGGCGGCGUGGCUCUCGAUGAGGAUGACGCAGAAGAGCAGUCUGGGUAUCAGAUCAGUGACCUUCCACGGAAGGGGUUCAACUGCUCUCUUGGCAUUCUUUGUGACUGGUACCAGAACUUGAACAAGAAAUCCUGUAUCAAAUCUCCUGGGAAGAAGCGCAGCAGCUCAGGGUCUGAUUUCCCAAAGAAACCCCCUCUAGUAGUGAUCUUCAAAGACCUGGAGGCAUUUUGCCCCCAAGUGCUACAAGAUUUCAUUGUCAUAUGCAGUCAGUACAUCCAGCAGCUCCCUCUUGUGUUUGUCUUCGGUAUCGCCACAUCCCCCAGCACCAUUCAGCGAAUGCUGCCCCACUCUGUGAGCUCCCUGUUGUGUAUUGAGCUCUUUCAGUCUCUGUCCUGCACUCAGCAUCUGGCCACAGUCAUUGACAAGUUGGUGCUGACUUCCAAGUUUCCUUUCAAGAUCAGUGGGAAGGUGCUAAAGGUUCUGGUGGGGAUUUUUCUCUACCAUGACUUUUCUGUGUGCAACUUUAUCCGAGGUCUGCAGCUGGCCCUAUUUGAGCACUUCUUUGGCCAGCCUUUGAGCGUGCUUUGCUGUGAGGAGGAGGAGGCCCUCGCCCAGGUGCGCCAGUUCAGCCACGAGGACGUGGAGAAGAUCCUACAACUCCCCUCCAUAAUGAGAUAUGUGGAGAAGCAGGAGCCUCAAGAACAAGUUAAGCUGCUAACCAGUGACGACCAUGUAAAGGUGGUGACCCAGAACUUAUUAAAGGAUCUCUGCAGCUACCACAGGAACUUCUACCCCAUUCUGAGAUGUCUUCACCUCCUCACCUCCUCUCUCCCCAAGUUCCCUUUAGGAAAGCAGAUCCGAGAGCUACACGUUUUGUGUCUCGAAAAUAACGUGUGGGAGAGUGAGGAGUAUGAAUCGGCCAUGCAGCUCCUCAGGAUGCUUGCAAAAGAUGAGCUGGUUGCUGCUCUGCAGAAGUGUGUUGAGGUUCUACAACCUGGGAUGACAAAGAAACUAAAAGAAGUGGUGCACCAACUGAAGGACAUCAUCGCCAAGUUAAAAAUGCUUGACCAGCUCAGUGAUGAAACCAUUUCCUGUGAGGGUGAGCAGGAAUCUUCCUCAGGAAAAAGUCUCCAGAAGACAGACUUGUUCCACCUUCAGAAGACUCUGAUGGAGAUGAGAGAGACUCGUAGGAACAAGGCGAAAACACCAUAUGAGGUUCUCAGAAACCACACGGUAGACUAUCUGGAUAGUCUGGUCAAAAUGCACCUCCUGCCUCCAGAAUCUCAGCCGCUGUAUGAGGUAUUCUACUAUAGCUCUUCUGCCACCGUGCGCCGACACCUCAACGCCACGCCUCGAACCUCCAUCCAGACUGCGCUCAGUCACCCCCACUACUACCUGCAGAGUGAAGCUCUGAAGAGUGAAGGAGGUACCAUCUCUAAGGCAGCACCUGACAUCUGCAUCAUCUACAAGUUGCAUCUGGAAUGUGGCAGGCUUAUAAACUUGUACGACUGGCUGCAAGCUUACUUUACUGUUACUGCUGCUGAUGGCCAGGAUCCAGACUCAGCAGAAGGACACGUUGAUGAAAUGAAACAUGCUCGUUUCAUUCGAGCUGUGUCCGAACUGGAGUUCCUGGGCUUCAUAAAAUCCACGAAGCAGAAGACUGAUCACGUGGCACGGCUAACCUGGGGGGGCUGUCAAACCUGAAAAUGGCCCGUGGUGGCCUAAAAUUUCCAAUAAAAUCAGAUUCAAAUAAAUAAAA